CAGCAACGUCAGUUUAGAAGUAAGAUGGCGUCAACGGCUUGGCUGCAUGGCUCCUCAGUAUUGCGACUAACUGAAGGUUUGGUGUCGGUUCUGAAGGACCAGCGUCCAGAACACUUACCCGCAGUGUUGGCCAGCUACAGAGAACAUGGCGUUUUGUCAACUCAGAGUGCAAGUACCGUUGGUGGAUUGGUUGGUUAUAGCAACGCUAAACUUGGCUCUAGCAAGACAAGGUUUGAGGGACUUUGCCUGCUCUCUGUGCUGGUUAAAGAUGGCUCCAGUGACUUGUUUGAGCAACAUUGUCUCUCUUGGCUGCGGUCACUGCAGCAAGUCAUACAGUCUCAUGCCUCAGGUCAGACUAUCAAGUUAGCUGUGAGUAUUCUGAAGGAUUUGCUGCAGUACUCCUCCCAGCUGCCGGAGCUGAGCCGGGAAGUGGGCCUCAACUCCAUCCUGGGUAUACUAACGUCUCUGUUGGGCCUCAAGGCUGAGUGUGAGCUCUGGGCAAUGGAUGGGAUGAUGGCCUGUAUGACCUACUACCCCAGAGCUUGUGGCUCUCUCCGGGACAAACUUGGAGCAUAUUUCCUAACCAAAAUGGACUGUACAAACAAGAACACACAAGAGAUGGCUAGUCAGUGCUACGGUCGCUUGCCUUGUCUCGGGGGCCUCCUGGACAGAGGAGUCAGCACUGGCAGAACAGAGGGCUGGACAAACCAGGUUCACUGCUUAGUGGCCUCAGCCAAUGCACUGUUGGCUGAGAUUUAUCAAGGUUCAGAAACAGAUGGAACAGUGCAGUAUGAUGGUCCAGGAAUUGAGCUGGCUUUUCCUCACCUUGACCAAAUGGAUCCUUUGACGCUGCUGCAGCUCCAGCACAGAUACACAUCUGUUUGUCUAGCACUUAAACACACUCUCAGGUCAGAUCCAGCCUCACCUGUCCGUGUGCCCAUUAGACCAGUCCUCAACUUAGUGUGCCGAGCCCUUGCUGUCAGCUGUAAAAGCAUAAAUUUAACAGGUGACGGAAGCGUAAGAUUGCUUAUCCUGCCCAACAUACACACCAGCACACUAGAGGUCCUGGCUGCACUAAUCACAGUUGUACGUAGUGGAAUGGUCCAGUACACAUUAGUUUUGCAAAGACUGUUUUCCCAGACCUUGGCUUCCUGGACGCCUUCACAUGAAGCAGGCGUCGGACAACAAAGAGCCUACAGUUCAGUUCGGGUGUCGGUGUACCGAACCUUGGAACUGUGGGUCCAAGUAGCUGGAGCCUCUGCAAGCAUCUUACAGGGAAGCCCAGUUCAUUCAGAGCUCCUUUUUAGCCAGCUGUUGCGUGACAUUGCACCAGGGGUCGACACUGGCAAACUCCGGUCUAGACUGUCAGCUGAUGAACCUCUUGUAGAAAAGCUGGCCACACGCAGGAACAAGCCCUCGGUCAUGGGAGAUUCAGGCGGGACAUCACUCCCCAGGAAAGGAGACCACUUGGCCAAUCAAGAUACGUGCCUUACAGCCCUUAGAGCACUGAGACAAGUCAUACUGACAAGCGGGGCCCUAUUAAAAGAUGAUAUGCACAAGCGUCUUCAUGAAGUGGUGUUGCCCCUGUGCGUCCAUCUGCAGCAGCAGCAGCAGUCCGGCAGCAGUAUAGUGUAUGAUGCUGCGGGGCACUUAGGUGGCCAGUACAGGAGUUCCUUCGCUCGACGUGAACUGUACAGAUUACUGAUGGCUUUGGUCCUUGUCCCGUCAUCCUGUUGGCCCUCACCUUUGACCUGUGCUGUAUCCAUCUUCAGCAAGGGACGCAAUGACAGCAACCUCAAGAUCUCUACAUUCUGCACAGAAGCUCUCACCAUCUGCAAUUCCCUCCUCCACCCACGUACUCCCUCCACAGCGCUCCCGUUGCCGCCCCUCACCCUGAAAUCCCCUCCUACCGCCCCGGUUCUCACAUCCACACAGGGACCAGGACCUACAAGUGGACUCACUCUGCCCACCCUUUUAGGGGCUACGGCCCCUGGGCCCAUCUUCCCAGUGCGUCAUUCCCUCAACCUGGGUCCGAGCUCUCUUUUGGGUUCCCUGGAAAACCAACUGUCUCUGGUUCCAGGUCUUUCGUGUCCGGCUCCAACCCCGGGAGAGGUGAUCUUGUCCCCACCUGCACACCACCUGCCUGACCAGGCUGGGCUUGGCCCUGCGGAAUGCCAGAGACCGGUAUUUGUGCGCUAUGAAAAAGAAGAGGCCGAGGAUGUGGAGAUAUCUCUGGCAAGCGACUCCGAUGACAGCGUGGUCAUCGUUCCGCCUGGCAUGCUCAACAUGGAGAAUUCGCAGGACGCCGUAUCUACGGCGGCAAACUCCCACAGCAUGUUGUCUGUGGCCUCGGGGGCUCCCGCAGUCACUCUCUCAGCAGGAGAAUGCACUCCCCUGACAGCCAACUCCGCCACGCCGUCAACAAUUGACAGCGCAACCCUGCAGAACAAUCUCUCCACCUCCUCCUCCCCCCUCAUCACCUCCAACAACCCCGUCAACUCCUGCCCUUCGUCUAGCACCUCAUUGGUUUCCAUGGUGCCACCACUGAAUGCCAGUACUUUAACCCCAACAUCUGGUCUUGGGAACUCGAUGUCAAGCAGGGCACAGCUUCAGCAGAUGCUGAUGCAGCCCUCGGCCGGGGCUCAGCCUCCCUCCAUCGCCCCGCCUCUGCAAAUGCACCAACUGCAAAACCAACUGACCCAGCCCGGACGGGCCUUUCACCAGCGCCCGUCUCCUCUGCCAACCAGCAACGAAGACACGGCCAUUAUUAACAUCAAUAGCACCGACGAUGAAGAGGAGGAGGACAUGGAGGACGAGGAGGACGUGGAGGAGGACGAGGAAGACGAGGACGAGGAAGUGAGUGACUUUGCGGAGGAGGAGGAAGAGGAGUUCUAUGAUGGAGAUGAGUACGAGGAUUACGAUGAGGAAGAGGCAGAGGAGCUGGAGGAGGAGGGCGAAGACGAGGAUGGCGACAUGCCUCCAAAAGUGGAGGAGGAAGGGGAGAGACACGUCCAUCCACAGGAGGUGGACGGAGACAUACCUCCGCUGGAGGGCGCCGAGGACAACGCCGAAGACGCCGAGGGGCUCCAACCUCCCGCCCUGCUCGACGAUUGUGUAAGCAGGUAUAGUGGGGAGGGAUACGAGGAAGGAGGGAUAGAGGAGAUCCAGAGCAAUAGAGUGCUGUUCGGAGACGACAGGAUCAAGGUGCAGGAAGUGGAGAGCAUCGGAGUCUUGGAGGAGGCGCGGGCGGACGAGGAGGAUGAGAGCGAAAGAGCAGACGAUCCGAGCAUGCCGCAGAUAUUAUUGAUGGAAGACAACAUAAAAGAGGCAGACGCCAGAGGAGGAGGAGGAGGAGAGGUGUUGCAGGAAGCGAUGGGGCCGUGGGAGCAAGGAGCCAGUGAGAAUGAGCCAGCUUCCACAGAAGAGUGCGCCACCCAUCAAAACCAACAGCAGGCCUUAAGGCUUGAAACAAAGGAAGUCAAAUUGGCUGAGAUGGAACUGAGCAGUCAUCAGAGUCAACAUGCUGCUGCUGCCGCCGCCACCGCCGCCUCUGCCCCAGAUGACAAUGAUGCUGAUGAUAAGGAAGAUUCUAACUCGGCAGACACUCAGACCAAAUCCUCAGCCUUUUCAAAUCCUGAAGAAAUGGGAAUGGAGGGGAAACGAGACACUGUGGACACAGAGCAGCAGGAGACCGGAGGGGGAGGAAUAGAGGCUAAUGGAGACGAGAGCAAAGGGCUGAAGAGGAAGAUAGACACAGUAGAGAGAGACGAUGAGGAGGAAAGAAGCCCGGAGAAAAAGAAGCUGGACGAUGAAGCCAUGGCCUCCAUGUUGGCCGAUUUUGUGGCCUGUCCGCCCGAUGAUGAAGACCACGCCUCUGGAUCAAAGUGAAACCUUCACUAAGCAUUGCACCGUAACUGAAGUGGGCCGUGAAUAUUGUUGAGAUACUGCAACUCUAGUAUACUUUAGUGUUUAACUAUCUGCACCGUGUAAUUUGACACUCGUUCCGUGUCUUGUGUUUGUGAACCGGAAUACUUUGCCCUCUUUACUCAAGUUUUUUUUUUUUUUUUUUUGAACCCUAAAGAAAUGUGUUAUUUUGUAACAGUUGUAUUCAGUUGCCUGUCCUUUAGGAUGGUAGCAUCGGUUUCCAUUUCUGUUUAUUAAGUGCGUACUUGAACAGGCACUUAGAACCACACAUACUCCUGUGCUGUUUUCAGUUUGACAUGACUGGCAUCUGCUUUGUUAUUAAAAAAAAAAAAAAAAAAAUUAAAAAAAACCUAAG